AUGGAAAUUUCGGGUUGUCACAGAAUCGAAGAAGUGAAUCAAGUUCCUGAGACUCCCGAAGAUGAAAUUCCUAAAGAAGUAGAGAUCAUUCAGUCUACUGAUAUUUCGAAGCCUGCUGAUGUAAAGCUCAUUGAACCAACUUCUUUACCUCAGUUCAAGAUUUUGAAUUCAAAACUGAAUUCUAUCUUGCAAUCUCAAGCAGAUGUGGGAAGUGCUGGAAUUACCAUCAUGGAUGUUGAUUCCAUAAUGAAGGAAAUGGAAGGCAGGGUUAUUUCGAAGGCAUCAGGAUUAAUUCGUGAUUCUGAAAGACGAGUUCUUGAGAUGACUGAUCAGAAUGAUAAUUCUACAGAGAAUCGAAUAAAUUCUCUCAGGUCUGACUUUAUGAAGGAGGUGAAGGAAUUGAAGAUUGUUACGAAGGAGCGUCAUGUGCUCUUCGUACAAGAAGUUAAGAAGGUUCGUGAAGAUGUUAAUAUGCAGAUUCGCGAACUUCGUGAAGAAAUGACGAAGGAGGUUCAGAACAUUCAACAAGGGUAUGAAUCAGCAGACCAGAAGAUCGACAUUAUUUGUGAUGCGGUUGUUCAAUGUGUUAAAAUGUUCGAACAAAUGAAUCCUCAGAUGAUCUCUCUUUCAGCCAAAGAAGAACAAAAUUUUGGAGAGUUGGUCAAACAGUUGAAAGAACUCCAAGAACUGUCUUCGAAAUCUAUCUCUCCAAUUGUUUCUCAAGAAUUUCUUUUUCAGAAAUUCACACAUUUCGAAGCCAUCCUACACAAACACCUUCCUCCAUUACUUCGUAUAUCAAGCCUUUUACCAAACGUAUCAUAUGCCCUACCUACUGUCACAGGGGUGCAAGGGGGAGAAAAGCUACUCCAGUUAUUUCGACUGUGA